GGGGACAGUAGGCGGUGGAUGGGAGAGCUGGCGCAGCUGCCGUGGUGGCAGCAGCUGAAGUGGCGGCGGCGGCGGCUGCAACAGCUCCCGGCUUGGGGCUUUGGCGGCGACGCCGGCAGGCUGGGCUGCACGGUGCUGAGCCCGGCGCGCGGUCCGGUUUGCUGGGGCGGCGCGUAUGCCUCAAAUGGAGGAGUUUCUGAGAAGCACUUCUGGGCCAGUGGCUUUGAAAGGGAGCUCAAAGCAGACGCUAUUUACAGCUCUAGACAUCGCAUCCUGAGGGCUGCAGGAGAGGAGAAUAUGGCCGUGGCCAUGAGUUUAGAUGACGACGUUCCCCUCAUCCUGACCUUGGAUGAAUGUGGGGCUGCCCCACUGGCUCCCUCCAACGGCCUGGGCCAAGAGGAGCUGCCUAGCAGAAAUGGAGGCAGCUAUGCCGUCCACGACUCCCCGGCCCCCAGCCUGAGCUCAGAGGGCGACAGUUUCCCCUCGAGCCCCACCGGACACAACUGGGAGAUGAAUUAUCAAGAGGCAGCCAUCUACCUCCAGGAAGGCGAGAAUAACGACAAGUUCUUCACCCACCCCAAGAAUGCUGUCGCGCUGGCGGCCUACCUCUUCGCACACAACCACCUUUUCUACCUGAUGGAGCUCUUCACGGCCCUGCUUCUGCUGCUGCUGUCCCUGUGUGAGGCCCCCGCUGUCCCCGCACUCCGGCUUGGCAUCUACGUCCACGCAACCUUGGAGCUGCUCGCCCUGAUGGUGGUUGUCUUUGAACUCUGCAUGAAGUUGCGCUGGCUGGGCCUCCACACCUUCAUCCGGCACAGACGGACCAUGGUCAAGACUUCCGUGCUGGUGGUGCAGUUCAUCGAGGCCAUCGUGGUGUUGGUACGGCAGACGUCCCACGUGCGGGUGACCCGGGCACUGCGCUGCAUUUUCCUGGUGGACUGUCGGUACUGCGGUGGCGUCCGGCGCAACCUUCGGCAGAUCUUCCAGUCCCUGCCACCCUUCAUGGACAUCCUCCUGCUGCUGCUCUUCUUCAUGGUCAUUUUCGCCAUUCUUGGUUUCUACUUGUUCUCCCCGAACCCUUCAGACCCCUACUUCAGCACCCUGGAGAGCAGCAUUGUCAGUCUGUUCGUCCUUCUGACCACGGCCAAUUUCCCAGACGUGAUGAUGCCCUCCUACUCCCGGAACCCCUGGUCCUGUGUCUUCUUCAUCGUGUACCUCUCCAUCGAGCUGUACUUCAUCAUGAACCUGCUUCUGGCCGUCGUGUUCGACACCUUCAAUGACAUUGAGAAACGCAAGUUCAAGUCUUUGCUGUUGCAUAAGCGCACCGCCAUCCAGCAUGCCUACCGCCUGCUCAUCAGCCAGCGGAAGCCUGCCGGCAUCUCCUACAGGCAGUUUGAAGGGCUGAUGCGCUUUUACAAGCCCCGGAUGAGUGCCAGGGAGCGCUACCUUACUUUCAAGGCCUUGAAUCAGAGUAACACGCCUCUGCUCAGCCUGAAGGACUUUUAUGAUAUAUACGAAGUCGCCGCCUUGAAGUGGAAGGCAAAGAGAAAUAGAGAGCACUGGUUUGAUGAGCUUCCCAGGACAGCGUUCCUUAUCUUCAAAGGAAUUAAUAUCCUUGUGAAGUCCAAAGCCUUCCAGUAUUUCAUGUACUUGGUGGUGGCAGUCAACGGGGUCUGGGUCCUCGUGGAGACCUUCAUGCUGAAAGGUGGAAACUUCUUCUCCAAGCACGUGCCCUGGAGUUCCCUCGUAUUCCUGACUAUCUACGGGGUGGAAUUGUUCCUGAAGGUCGCCGGCCUGGGCCCUGUUGAGUACCUGUCCUCUGGAUGGAAUCUGUUCGACUUUUCCGUCACCGCAUUCGCCUUCCUGGGACUCCUGGCCCUGGCCUUCAACAUGGAGCCCUUCUAUUUCAUAGUGGUCCUGCGUCCCCUCCAGCUGCUGAGGUUAUUCAAAUUGAAAAAGCGUUAUCGCAACGUGCUGGACACCAUGUUCGAGCUGCUGCCGCGGAUGGCCAGCCUGGGCCUCACCCUGCUCAUCUUCUACUACUCCUUCGCCAUCGUGGGCAUGGAAUUCUUCUGUGGGAUCCUCUACCCCAACUGCUGCAAUACGAGUACAGUGGCAGACGCCUAUCGCUGGCUCAAUCACACCGUGGACAACAGGACCGUUGUGGAGGACGGCUACUACUAUCUCAAUAAUUUUGACAACAUCCUGAACAGCUUUGUGACCUUGUUUGAACUCACAGUUGUCAACAACUGGUACAUCAUCAUGGAAGGCGUCACCUCGCAGACCUCACACUGGAGCCGCCUCUACUUCAUGACCUUCUACAUCGUGACCAUGGUGGUGAUGACUAUUAUCGUGGCUUUCAUCCUGGAGGCCUUCGUCUUCCGAAUGAACUACAGCCGCAAGAACCAGGACUCGGAAGUUGAUGGUGGCAUCACUGUUGAGAAGGAAAUUUCCAAGGACGAGCUGCUGGCUGUCCUCAAGCUGUACCGGGAGACGCGGGGAGCCGCCUCGGAUGUCCCCCAGCUGCUGAAGACCGUGUCCCAGAUGGAGAGGAACGAGCAAAACACCAUGGUCUUUCUGGGACGGAGAUCAAGGACCAAAAGCGAUCUGAGCCUGAAGAUGUACCAAGAGGAGAUUCAGGAGUGGUACGAGGAGCACGCCCGCAAACAGGAGGAACAGCAGCAACAGCUCAGUGGCAGCGGUGUCCCCGUCACCCAGCAGCCCCCAGGCAGCCGCCAGCGCUCCCAGACCAUCACUUAACCAGCUCACGAAAGCCAUCUCUUCUAUGCAAUAACACAAUAGUAUAUUUUACUACGAUGUAUCGAAGUGUGUGUGUGUGUGUGUGUGUAAUACACACACAUACACACAUUCAUAUAUAUGCACAUAUUUAUAUAUAGAAAAAGGAAAAGACAGACAGACAAGAUGGGGUUUGGUUUGUAAUCACUUUGCCCUGUUUUCCUUAACCCCAGGUCAGUUUGGUUUGGGGGUGGGGGGGCAGGCCCCUAGGAGCUCUCCGUAACAUGGAAAGCUCCAGAAGGCCCCUUCACAAGACGACCACUUGAAUAGAUUCUGCCCAUCUCUGCAGGGCUUGUCUUCAAAGUGGACCAGCCCUCCGUAGGCCACGUCCGCAUCCAAACCGGCCCCCUGACAUUGCUUUCAGAAUCACGUCCCAGCUGACAGCUACCCCACUAACUUUCCCUGCGGCCACUUCACGGGUUUCUGUGUCUUGCUUUGGGGACAAAACCACUUAGGAAUGAAAGAACCCACAUCCUCGGGGCUCGUACGUCUAUAUAUAGAUAUAUGAUAAUGUACUAGAACGUUCUUAGGGGGACCAGUGCCUUGGGCCUGAUGGAAAGAGUAAGCGAGGGGUGUAAUUAUACGGUGUGGUCAGCGCUAGGCAGCAAGACGGCGCUGACGCAGUCUGUGAACUGGCUCAUGUCUUCCUCUCCCACAUUCCUUCUGGUUUGGUUUCAGCCCUUGUUGCUGAAAAGCCUUCUAACAUGGCCUUUGGAAUCCAGGCCCCGCAGGAGGAGGAAACAAGCACGAGGCUGGCCGAUGGCUACCAUCCCCGACCAAUUCGUGAAACGGACUCUCUCCACUAAAUCCCUUUUCCCCGUGAUUGUCCUGUUUGAGCAAAAAGACAUGUUGGCUAAUUCAGGAUUCUGCUAGAGACCAUACAGCUCCUUCACACGUGUGCAUUAGGUUCCACUGCGGGGAAUGGGAGCAAGAGCACAGACCCCCACGCCCACCCCCCGCCGGCUGACCUCAGCGGCCCUGUGGCUGAACCCUGUGCUCGGUCCCCUUGGCCAGCUCUCCCCUCACCUUGGACAGUCGCCCUCCGUGGACUUGACAGAGGCAGGAGUGGGGCCUCUGCUCCCCACAGGAGUGAUUGGGGCAGCUGUUCAGGUGAACCCUCCGUUCCCCAAGCACUCCUGGUGCCCUGGGGAGUCCUCUGUGAGAUGGGUGUG